AUGGGGUUUUCCAAACUUGACGACGACGAAGAAGAACCAACAGAACCAACAAAAGAUGAAGGACCAAUAUCAAUCGACCAAGCCGUGGACAAAAUCUGGAACGGUCUAAACAUAAAAAUCGUGCUUGUAUUCAUCUCCGCAGUUGGAAGCGCUUAUUUAACCGCUGCUGAAAUCUACAUUACAAUCUUCACUGGCAUCAUACCCUAUACAGACUGGACCUGUAUUUCUGAAAAGUGUUUUGGUCUCCUUAUAGCAGCAACUCCUAGCAACAACUCCCAGACAUUCUACUCCCACAGUACAAUGUGUGGGAACAAGCUGCAGGCUGGGCUGGAUUUUAAAUGGACCAGUGAGAGGACAAGCUUUUCAAUGGACUGGGGCUUCUACUGUGACACAGAAACUAAGUUAACCGUAGUUUCCAGCUUCUUCUUUAUUGGUGCUUUUGUGGGGUUGCUCUCAUCAACUGCAAUAUUUGAUAGGACUGGCAGGAGGAACGGAGCUAUAGGUGGAUCAGUUAUCGCAGCAGCCGCCACAGUAGCAGCUACUUGGAUCCCAUCUUACGAGGGUCUACUAGUGGUGAGAGUCUUCCAAGGGUUCGGUCAGUUCAUCAACUUUACGGGAGUGUAUUGUUGGGUUAUUGAGUUCGCUCCCAGCCACCUGAGGAGUUCCAUGAGCUCUAUCUUACUGAUCUGCUGGUCUUUUGGGUACCUGGUUAUAGUUCUUAUUGGGUACCUGAUCCCGGUUUGGAACUACAUUUUCCUGGCAACUGGUAUCCUUAACUUCCUGUUCAUCACCCCUCUCUUGAUAUAUCCAAAAUCUCCGCGGUUCUCUCUGGUCAGAGGCAAGGAGGAAGAAGCGAGGGAAACUUUGGCUGCGCUGGGUAGAAUCUGCAACAACAAGGUAGAAUUUGCCGCGGGAAGUCUCACCUUCAAAGCACGAAAACAGAACUACUUCCAACAACUGAAAGACUUUAAGAAGUAUCCAACCUUACGGAAAGAAACCCUCCUCUGCAUGGGAUGCUGGUUUAUCGUGGCCUGCCUCUUUUACGGUUUAUCGUUCGGCUGGUCAAAGAUCUCCACAGACCUGUACGGUAGCUACCUGUUUGCAGCCCUCGGCAAAGUCAUUGCUUUCACCAUCUUAAUCCCGAUUUGCGCCUGGUUGGGACGGAAGAAGACCAUGUUGUUCUUCUUGGUUUGUGGGAUCCUGUCUAACUUCCUCGCCAUGCCGGAUGUUCAACUCAGUGAGAACUGGACCCUUGAACACGUGUCGUGUCUGCUGGGGAGUAUAGCCAUCACCGCUGUUUUCGGCCAGCUCUACCUGUUCACCAGCGAGAUAGCUCCCACUUCCCAUCGUGGCAUGGUCAUGUCUCUCAGCUCCAGUGCGGCCAGAGUGGGCAGCUUCCUCGGGACCUACAUUAACCUGCUCUACGACAUGACGGACAGACGUGUCCCUCUGGGGGUGAUAGCAGGUGCUACAGUCCUGUGCGGUGUUGCUGUCUGCUUUCUCUCUGAUACCACUGGGAGGAGGAUUGCAGAGACUCCAGAGGAUGUAGAAGUGAUGAGUGGGAAUAAGAAGUACCAACCAGUCCAGAUAGAGGCGGAGUAAUCAUGAUAACUAGGUGGUGACACGGGGGAAUGAGGAUGUUUACUUCUGUGUCUACGAAUAUAAUAAUUACAUGUCUUCUCUUAUA